ACGCGCGGUGCGGGUCGCGGGCUGAGCUCGGCGCCGGCGCCACUGGCCGGCGAGCCUGGACCGCCCGCCUCUGGUCUCCGAGCGCGCCGCCCGCCCGGCCCCGGGCCUCCACCGCGCCGGCCCGCGCCCGCUGCUGCUCAGCCCGCGGCCGGAGGCAGCGGCCGCAGCGCGGGCUCUGGGGGUCCGCGGGGCCGGGCUGAGUGGCCGGCGCCCGCCCCGAGCCCCCGCCGCCGCCGCCCGGCCGCCUGCCCGGCUUGGCCGCCGCGGCGUCUGGCCGGUCCGCUCCGCUGCGGGCGGGCAGGUCGGGCUGCGGGGCCGCUGCUGCCCGCGCGCCGGGAUUCGGCGUCCCGGGCCUGGCGGCCGGCGAGCAUGGAGGAGAAGUACCUGCCCGAGCUGAUGGCGGAGAAGGACUCGCUGGACCCCUCCUUCACGCACGCCCUGCGCCUGGUGAACCAAGAAAUAGAAAAGUUUCAAAAAGGAGAAGGCAAGGACGAAGAAAAGUACAUUGAUGUGGUGAUUAAUAAGAACAUGAAGCUGGGACAGAAAGUAUUAAUUCCUGUAAAACAGUUUCCUAAGUUCAACUUUGUGGGGAAACUUUUGGGUCCACGUGGCAAUUCUCUGAAGCGUUUACAAGAAGAAACCUUGACAAAAAUGUCCAUCCUUGGAAAAGGUUCCAUGAGAGACAAGGCAAAGGAAGAAGAAUUGAGGAAAAGUGGGGAAGCAAAGUACUUUCACCUGAAUGAUGACCUGCACGUGCUCAUCGAGGUGUUUGCCCCCCCAGCAGAAGCCUAUGCCCGGAUGGGACAUGCUCUGGAAGAGAUCAAAAAGUUCCUCAUCCCUGACUACAAUGAUGAAAUCCGGCAAGCACAGCUCCAGGAACUCACAUAUUUGAAUGGUGGUUCAGAAAAUGCAGAUGUUUCCGUGGUUCGAGGGAAACCCACCUUGCGAACAAGAGGUGUAGCAACUCCAGCAGUAACCAGGGGAAGAGGAGGAGUUACAGCCCGGCCUGUUGGAGUUGGUGUACCAAGAGGGACGCCAGCUCCCAGGGGAGUGCUUUCUACCCGAGGACCAGUGAGCCGAGGAAGAGGACUUCUUACUCCCAGGGCAAGAGGAAUUCCCCCAACUGGGUACAGAGCUCCACCACCACCUCCAACACAAGAGACCUAUGGAGAAUAUGACUAUGAUGAUGGUUAUGGCACUGCUUACGAUGAACAGAGUUACGAUUCCUAUGAUAACAGCUACAGCACCCCAGCCCAAAGUGGAGCAGAUUACUAUGACUAUGGACAUGGACUCAGUGAGGAGACUUACGACUCCUAUGGGCAAGAAGAGUGGACUAACUCAAGACACAAGGCACCUUCAACGAGGACUGCAAAGGGCGUCUAUAGAGACCAGCCAUAUGGCAGAUACUGAUUGUACUGUCUGAUGUUGUGAAAUAGCCAAUCGCCACCCGUCCUGUAUACUGUUCAAAGUAAUUUUUUCUAUGAACAAUCCCUUUUUAAAUAAAUCAAAAUGCGUAAAACCUGAAUGGAUGGAACUUAAAACUUUGUUUGAAACAUCAACUUGGUCAGGGAAAAAAAAAAAACAUGUAAAAUUUUGUUAUUUCCAGUCUGUAUAUGAAAAAAAUAGGUCAUCAAAAGGAAAAAAAAAACUUUGAUUAACUAGUGUUAAACAAAAAGAUAGGUUUACUAAAUAUGUUAAUCCAUUCUUUUAACAUAAGCCUCUCCUUUCAUUUUAAAGGUUUCCAUAGAAUUUAGUUAUUUUAUCUUUCAGCCAUAUGCUAGUUUUUUUUUCUCUUGCCAACAUGCGUAAAAAGGGAAGCCAAUUACAAGUGCAAAUAAUGUGGUAUUCUUUUGUAACUCCAGUCUUGAAAUGUUCUGUAGUGUUAAGCAAAGUCUCCUCUUGCUUGAUACUAAAUAAACUUUUGAAAGAAA